AAUCUUUACAGGAAUACCAAAAUCAUGUAAGGAGCAAGUGUGCGUUUAUUAGACAGCUUAUCACGUCAGCUUGUGCUUUCAGAAUCGGGGAAUCUGCUGCGGUCGUUUCAUCGCAUCUGGAGUCGAGGACUCGAACGAGGAAGUUGGUCACAAGAUAACACUGUCACCAGUUAAACCAUAGCACCGGCAGAAGGAGAGCUGAUGUUUUUUGUUUUUCUGCAUGUUUUGUGGAGUUUUACACCAUGGAUCUAGUAAUGUGUUGGUUAUUAUGGGUUCACCUUCUCCUCUGCGCUCCUCUCAUGGGAUGUUUCGACUUGCACCUUUCGGAGACUUUACGUUCUGGAGAUGUUUUGGCCAAUUUGUCACUGGGACCAGGAUGGACGUAUAAAAUAGACAGGAAUUUAACAUCCAAGUACAUUGAGAACUUUAUUAAAGUGGACUGGAGAGAUGGAGUCGUGCGUUUAAAUGGAGAGGUGGAUUGUGCGCGCGCCCCUCAGAGCUCGCUGCCUCUUUAUGUUAAAAUUCAAUCAUUAACAACUGAAGGACUGGUUAACGCACAUUUUAAUGUAUUUUUACACGGACGACAUUGUGUGUUCAAAUAUAAAAGGAGGACAGUGACUAAGCCUGAUAUUAACGUGGAUUGCGUUUAUAACGUGGGACUAACUUCCUGUUUUUCUCCUGGUGAUUUACUCCUUAGUUUUAAGGACUAUUUACCUGUCUUCACAAGGAACUCCGGCGUUUUUUCUACUUCUUGCACCUCAGACCAUCUGAAUGUGUUUGUGCGUAACGGGACUUUGCUUGUGAAGGACGCGUACUGUUUGGAAACGGACUUGAGACGCCUUAAAGACACUAUUCGCUGUUCGUUCCACGAUUCAAACGGUGAGCCCUUUUCUGUGUGCCUUAAAUUACGAUUCGCCCCAGUCCAAACAUCAUCACAUUCUAUGCAACACGUAUCAAAUCAAUGGAAACCGAGAAUACGCCGAGCCGUGAAUUCAGCGCCUCAGUUUCAGUUACCGAACUACCAGGUUUCAGUGCCCGAGAACGAGCCUGCGGGUACGCGCGUCAUCACCCUCAAAGCGACUGACAGCGACCCUGGAGAGGCGGGGAAGAUCGAGUAUGGCAUGGAAGCAUUGUUCGACAGCCGUUCUAACGACUUCUUUCGGAUAGACCCUCAAACCGGCAGCAUUGAGACUGUCCAGCCCUUAGACAGAGAAGUGAAAGACACACACGUGUUUAAAGUCACUGCAACUGAUAAUGGCACACCGCGACGCACAACCACGUCGUACUUGACCGUCACAGUUAGUGACACCAACGACCAUGGUCCCGUUUUUGAACAGAACGAAUACAGGGUUAGGAUACGAGAAAAUGUGGAAGUUGGUUUUGAGGUAAUUACAGUCAGGGCGACAGAUGGAGAUGCACCAUCAAAUGCGAACAUGAUAUAUAAGAUUGUGAAUGGUGAGGGUGUUAAUUCUGGAUUCGAAAUCGAUUCUCGAAACGGACUGGUCAAGAUCCGUGUGCGUCCAGAUAGAGAAACCAUGUCCCAGUAUCAGCUGAUAGUAGAGGCCAAUGACCAAGGAAAGGAUCCUGGGCCCCGCAGUGCUACCGCGACAGUGCACAUCACAGUCGAAGAUGAAAACGACAACUAUCCUCAGUUUAGUGGGAAAAGAUAUGUAGUUCAGGUGCCUGAAAAUGUGGCAGUGAACACUAAAGUGGCCCAAGUAGAAGCCACUGACCGAGACGAGGGCAAUAACGCUAAGGUUCAUUACAGUAUAAUCAGCGGCAAUGUCAAAGGUCAGUUCUUCAUUCACACCCCUACCGGAGCCAUUGAUGUCAUAAACCCUCUAGACUACGAAAUGAUCAGAGAGUAUAACUUACGCAUAAAGGCACAGGAUGGAGGGAGGCCUCCUCUCAUUAAUGGAAAAGGCAUCGUUGUGAUCCAAGUUGUGGAUGUGAAUGACAAUGCUCCUAUGUUUGUAAGCACUCCUUUCCAAGCCACCGUUUUAGAGAACGUGCCCAUUGGAUAUUCCGUCAUUCACAUUCAGGCCAUUGAUUCUGAUUCUGGAGAAAAUGCGCGUUUGGAUUACAGCUUCACCGACACCACUCCAGGCUUUCCAUUCACCAUCAAUAACAGCACUGGAUGGAUAACAGUCAGUGUUGAGCUGGACAGGGAAACAACUGAGUAUUACACCUUUGGAGUAGAAGCCAGAGACAAUGGUGUUCCGGUGAUGUCAUCCUCAGCUAGCGUUAACAUCACCAUCCUAGAUGUGAACGACAACAUCCCUGCAUUCACCGAAAAGGUAUACUCGCUAAAAAUCAAUGAAGAUGCUGUUGUAGGGACCAGUGUGUUAACUGUUACAGCUCUGGGCCGUGAUGUAAACAGUGUGGUCACCUAUCAGAUCUCCAGUGGUAAUACGCGGAACCGGUUUGCCAUUACUAGUCAAAGCGGAGGUGGACUAAUCACAAUAGCACUUCCGUUAGAUUACAAACAGGAACGCCAGUACGUUCUGACCGUCACCGCCUCUGAUGGUACGCGCUUUGACACCGCGCAGGUGUUUAUCAAUGUAACUGAUGCUAACACUCACAGACCCGUGUUCCAGAGCACAAGCUACCAUCAGACCUUCAGCGAGGAUCGACCCAUUGGAUCAACUGUUGUGGUAAUCAGUGCAACAGAUGAAGACACUGGUGAGAAUGCACGUAUUACCUAUAUCAUGGAGGACAAUGUUCCACAGUUCAAGAUUGAUCCGGACACAGGAGCCAUCACUACGCAGAUGGAGAUCGACUAUGAAGAUCAAGCUUCGUACACAUUGGCCAUCAUUGCUCGUGACAAUGGAAUCCCACAAAAGUCUGACACCACCUAUGUGGAAAUUAUCGUUCUGGAUGCCAAUGAUAAUGCACCACAGUUUGGGAGGGAUAAAUAUCAGGAUACCGUGUUUGAAGAUGCACCUGUGUUCACCAGUGUGCUCCAGAUAUCUGCUUCAGACAGGGACUCGGGGUCAAAUGGACGUGUGAGCUACACUUUUCAAGGUGGCGAUGAUGGAGAAGGAGACUUCAUGAUUGAGCAGUACUCUGGAAUUAUAAGAACCCAACGGAAGCUGGACAGAGAGAAAGUUCCAGUGUAUAACCUGAAGGCCUAUGCGGUAGAUAGAGGUGUUCCUCCUCUCAAAGCAGAGGUGGAGAUCCAGAUUUCCGUCUUGGACAUCAGUGACAAUACUCCUGCUUUUGAGGACCAACCCAUUGAAUCAACUGUUGUAGACUUUGGGGAAAAUGGGACUUCAUUUGGACGUUUUUGUUUUUAAAUAGGUCUGAAACCUUUUACUAGAUGUAUUCAACUCUCGUCUUCCAUCACUUUGACAUAUUCUCUAUAAACAAUGGACUGUAGUCCUUUUUGUUUUGCUAAAAAUACAUGUGUCAAGUCAGCGUUCUGUGCAAUUUAUAGUAUUAUAAAACAAAAAAAAAAGUACAUUUUGAUUGUACAUUUUUAGCAGCAUUCAAGCUUGCUAGGUUGAUUGGCAACUAAAAACAGCCUAAUGUUAGAUUAAUAAACUGUAUUACUGGGCUAAAAUCAUGGUAGUAUAAUCUUCUGUGACUUAUUGCUUUAUGGACAUUGAAAACUGUGAAAAAUGUUAUAACGUUAUUUCGUUCUGUUUAGUCGCGUUAUUAUUAUUAUUUUGCAGUAUUUCUGAAGUGGGCUGCAUCAGGUCACACUGCGUAGACGCAGGCGACAUCACUCCCUCAAGCCCCACUCGUGGCAUUAUUUAGAAGAUGACAACAAAGAAACACAGAGAAAGAGACUGAUUGCCGGCCAGCCAGGGUUCGUCUUUGGGAGAAAAAGAAGAAACGAUUUAAAAUGUAUGUGUGUGUACUUCUAACAUGUUUGGUUGGUAAAAUAAAUGUUGUAAAUUCAAA